UAAGAAACCAUCAAACUCAGAGCAAAAUGAAGACUUUACUACUUCUCUUACUCAACUUCUUGUUUCUUUUAUCAUUUUCUUCAGCCGAGCAAUGUGGUCGACAAGCGGGAGGUGCUCUCUGCCCCAACAAUCUAUGCUGCAGCGAGUACGGAUGGUGCGGUUCCACCGAAGCUUACUCUGCGCUGCCUGGCUGCCAAAGCCAGUGCACUCCCAGUGGUCCUCCUCCUCCCCCUCCACCUCCUCCUGGUCCUCCUCCUCCUGAUCCCACCGGCGGUCUUACUGAUAUCAUAACAAGAUCUCAGUUCGAUGACAUGCUUAAACAUAGGAACGAUGCCGCUUGUCCCGCUAGAGGUUUCUACACUUAUGAUGCCUUUAUCACCGCCGCUAAAUAUUUCCCUUGCUUCUGCAACAAUGGAGACACUGCCGCAAGGAAGAAAGAGCUCUCUGCCUUCUUUGGUCAGACUUCCCACGAAACCACCGGUGGGUGGCCAACAGCACCAGACGGACCAUAUGCAUGGGGAUACUGUUUCAAGGAAGAGGUGAGUCCUUCUUCAGACUACUGUCAACCGAGCGGACAGUGGCCAUGCGUACCAGGCAAACGUUACUACGGAAGAGGACCUAUGCAGCUGUCCAGGCUGUCAUGGAACUACAACUACGGACAGUGUGGAGCAGCCAUUGGAGAAGACUUACUCAACAACCCUGACCUUGUCUCCAACGACCCAGUGAUCUCUUUCAAAGCCGCGAUUUGGUUCUGGAUGACUCCUCAGUCUCCAAAACCGUCGUGCCAUGCCGUGAUCAACGGCCAGUGGCAGCCUUCACCCGCAGACAUUGCGGCCGGGAGAGUACCGGGGUACGGUGUGACAACGAAUAUCAUUAACGGUGGAUUAGAGUGUGGACAUGGCCCAGACACAAGAGUCUAUGAUAGGAUUGGGUUUUAUCAGAGGUACUGUGGCAUCUUUGGUGUGAAUACUGGAGAUAACCUUGACUGUUACAACCAAAGGUCCUUUGCUUCUUUUAAAUCCUUCCUCGACGCUGCUAUGUAAUAGCAGCAGCCAGGUAACCUUGAUUGUUACAAUCAAAGGUCCUUUGCUUCUGUUAACUCCUUCGACGCUGCUAUUGCAGCCAGCAGCUUUGUAUCUGAAAACAAUAAGGGAAUAACCAACUAAAUAAAACGGAGUUAUAUUUGCGAUGUUUGCUAUACUAUAUGAAAGUUGGAUUGGGCUUUAAAAUGGGCCUCAAUAGACAAAUCAGGAUAGAUUUUUAUGGUCGGUUUCAAGUGCCGACAGGUUUCGCAUAACGUGUCGCUAUCUCCAAACAUCGUUUUCGAGUGAAACUGAAACCUUAGCGUAGUGUAUAUAGUAUAAGGUUUGGAUACAGUUACCGGUUAGACCGAAUUAAACCGGUCCAAAACUCUAAUAGCCACCUCUUUCUUAUGCAUUACAAGACCAAAUUCAAAAUCGAAGCAUACUUGAACAUUAAUUAUAGAAAUUAUGCUAAUAUUUUCACAGAAAUUAUAAAUCUGAACAAAAAUUAAAACUGUACCAACUAAACCAAACCGUAUCGCAAACCGUAAUUUUGACAUUUCGACGACUGAAAAAAACCGAAAAUAUCUAAAAAGAAACUCAAAGAUCACCGAACCAAAUAAAAAAAAGAUGCAAAGCCGUUUCUUCUUCUUCAUCAUUGUUAUCUCUCUCUCAUCCAUCUUCGUUUCCUCUCUGAUCGCUACUUCCUGCAACAACGACAUGGCCAUGCUCGGCGGCGUUCGCGAUGUAC